CUUCAAUGCUUGAUUGCGAGAGAGGGAGGGAGAGAGAGCGCAAAGCAGUAGAAACCAUGGAAACAAACCUCUGUCUAUCUCUUGGUCUGCCAUCUCCAAACCCCAACCAGUUCGACGACCACCACCCAAUCUGCUCUGACUUCGCAAGCCUCUUCUCACACUUCACUACUACUACUACUCUCUUAUCCACCCAAAACCACCUACCUUUUGCCUCCGCCUCCAGUUCCCUUUCCUCCCAAACCAGGCCCGAACCCCUGAUCCGGAUCAAACCCGCAUCCAGGAACAGCCCCAAGUCGAAGUCUCUCCUCAAAAACCUCUCCGUCGUCGAGCGUGCACUUAUUGGUGCAGCUGGUGGUGGCAUCGCUGGCGCCUUCACCUACGUUUGCCUGCACCCUCUGGACACCAUCAAAACGAAAUUGCAAACCAAGGGUGCAUCCCAAAUCUAUACUAGCACUUUUGAUGCCAUCGCCAAGACCUUCCAGGAGAAGGGGAUUUUGGGUUUUUACAGAGGCGUCUCCGCCGUGUUGAUUGGGUCGACAUUUUCCUCUGCCGUGUAUUUUGGGACUUGUGAGUUUGGGAAGAGCAUUUUGUCCAAAUUGGAGAAUUACCCAUCUGUGUUAAUCCCUCCCACCGCCGGGGCAAUGGGGAAUAUCAUGUCGUCGGCCAUAAUGGUGCCUAAGGAAUUGAUCACCCAGCGAAUGCAAGCAGGGGCAAAGGGGCGAUCCUGGGAGGUUUUGUUAAGGAUAUUGGAGAAAGAUGGGAUAUUGGGUCUGUAUGCUGGGUAUUCUGCAACAUUGUUGAGGAAUUUGCCUGCUGGGGUUUUGAGUUAUUCGUCUUUUGAGUACUUGAAAGCUGCGGUUUUGAGGGAGACAAAGAAGACCCAGUUAAAUCCUAUCGAGAGUGUGUGUUGUGGAGCAUUGGCAGGGGCGAUAUCAGCAUCCUUAACUACUCCACUUGAUGUGGUGAAGACGAGAUUGAUGACUCAAGUUCAUAAGGAGGCUGUAGAUAAGGUUGCGGCAGCGAUGUAUGGAGGUAUUACAUUCACUGUGAAGCAGAUUUUGAAGGAGGAAGGGUGGAUUGGAUUGACUAGGGGCAUGGGGCCUAGAGUUGUUCACAGUGCUUGUUUUUCUGCAAUGGGCUACUUUGCCUUCGAGACGGCAAGGCUUACAAUUUUGCAUCAUUAUUUGAAACAGAAGGAGCUGCGCGAUUUGAAUGUUAGUCCUGCUUGAUAUGGUGACUGUGAUUAUGGGUAUCGUAUCUAUCCCUUUUGUUGCUUGUGAUGUCUAGAGGAUGUUUAUUCUCAUUCUUUUAUCUUGGCUUUUUAGCCUUCAAACUGGUAUCAAUAAAAGCUGUUUUGUUUAACAUUUGGUUGUGCCUUUUUCCAUUAAAAA